UUGGUAUGAUCCACUUGCCCUAGACCUCAGAUCUGGGUCUGAGCAGAGAGAUACGGCCACUAGCGCCGCUGCAGAGGACGUGCACGACUGAAUCUACAGCCUAAAGCCUCACAGAGAAAGAGAAAGAGAGAGAGAGGGGGGAGAUGAGCUGUACUAGAGUCCAGUCUUGCUCUGGGACGGCAGACUGACUGAAGCUGCUGGUAGUUUUACAGCUGUGCAUCUCUGUCACUCUAGAGUCAUGAGCUCAAAGGGGACGAACCUCCACAACAAACGUCUGCCAUCUGAGACAGAGCAUGCGCAGAGAGUCCCGGAUGCAGAUUCGACCCAGCAAAUGAGACUGAGAGAGAGACAACGAUUCUUCGAGGAGGUGUUUCAACACGAUGUCGAUGUCUACCUUUCCUCUGCACACCUGCAGAUAGAUUAUAAGAGACCUCCCUUAGGAAGUAUUUCAUCAAUGGAGGUGAACGUCGAUAUGCUAGAGCAGAUGGACUUGAUGGACAUCUCUGACCAGGAGGCCUUGGAUGUCUUCUUCAGUGCCAGCGGAGAGGAAGGUUCACUGGCAUCCCCUCUUCCAGCUCUUGGCCACCCUGAUGUAGAAGAGGAUGGACUGAGGAGAAAUGACGUGUCCUUGAGAAUUUCUGACCCUUGCGAGAUCAAAUCCCGUAUGUUGUCCACUUCCUCCAGCUCCACCUGUGACAGUCAGGCCUCCAAUGAGGAUGGAUCCAACACUCCCGUCGUCCAAUCAGAUGAUGAAGACGUGCAUGAAGAUAGCCUGUUACGAACAGGAGCGGCCACAGCCAACGAUGCCACAAAAGAGCAGUCUGCUCUCUCAGUAUAAACUGCCUUCUCAUUAACUACUGACCAUUUGGCAAGUGUAACAUGACUAGUUUAAGACGGUUUCUUGGGUGGGUUGACUGGUUUUAGCCAUAAAUCAAUCUACAAGAGACCUUUAUGAACACUUGUGUAAUUUAACUCAUUCAAGACCCCUAUUACAUCACACUGGGAGUGUCACGCUUUGACAGUCCUGCAUUUUUGUAUUGUCACUUGCAUCUUACCAACAUUUUACUGUAUCUUUUGCAUUGGGAAUAUAGGUUUAUAAAUAUACACAUCACUAAUACUUUGCAAUGUUCUUUACAAAGACAGAUACUGCUCCGAAGAGAGACUUAAUGCAUCACCAUUUUGAAUUAAAGUGGUAAGUCAUGAAAACAUUUCCAAAAGAAAACAAAAUAUAAAAUGAUUUUUUGCUUAAAGAAAAUUAAGCUUUUACUGUACAUCAUUAAAAGGAAAGUUUACUCUAAAAAUGAAAA